GGCGCCUGCUCCUGCCCGGCACCCGCCAUGCCCGGGUCUCGGCAGAGCUGCGGCGGGAGUCGGGGGUGAGCGGGCCGGGCCGGGGGCUCGCGCGCCGCCGCCCCGUCUGGAGAAAUGAGUGGUGGAUUGGCCCCCAGUAAAAGCACAGUGUAUGUCUCCAACCUGCCCUUCUCCCUGACGAACAACGACCUGUACAGGAUAUUUUCCAAGUAUGGCAAAGUUGUAAAGGUUACUAUAAUGAAAGAUAAAGAUACCAGGAAGAGUAAAGGGGUUGCAUUCAUUUUGUUUUUGGAUAAAGACUCUGCGCAAAACUGCACCAGGGCGAUAAACAACAAGCAGUUAUUCGGUAGAGUGAUAAAUGCAAGCAUUGCUAUUGACAACGGAAGAGCAGCUGAAUUCAUCCGAAGACGGAACUACUUUGAUAAAUCCAAGUGCUACGAAUGUGGGGAAAGUGGACACUUAAGUUACGCCUGUCCUAAAAAUAUGCUUGGAGAACGGGAACCUCCAAAGAAGAAGGAAAAGAAGAAAAAAAAAAAGAAAGUUUCUGAACCAGAAGAAGAAAUUGAGGAAGUAGAAGAAAGUGAAGAUGAAGGUGAAGACCCUGCCUUGGACAGCCUCAGCCAGGCCAUAGCCUUCCAGCAAGCCAAAAUUGAAGAACAAAGAAAAUGGAGACCCAGUCCAGGGGGUCCCUCCACAUCCGAUGACUCAAGACGGCCGAGGAUAAAGAAAAGCACCUAUUUCAGUGAUGAGGAAGAGCUCAGUGACUGAAAUGGCAUUUACUGUGUAAAUGUCCCUGAGAUAGAAAAGCCCGGGAGCACACAGUUCAGCUGAGGGCCAUGGUUACUUUUAGAAUUUGAGAUAAAAACACUUAAUACCAAGCAGUUUUUUACUAGAAAGUAGUUCAUA